AUGUCGCUGGCACAGCAUGUGACCCAAGCCGAGGGCUUCGACUACGAUGGUCCAGCAGCUCCUGCUCCUGAACCAGAACAGGAACGAGAUCGUGGUCAGGAGAAUGAGCAAAAUCAGAGACAAGAACAAGGACACCAGGAGGGACAAGGUCAGGAACAGGAAAUUGACCAAGAGACUACUCAGCAAGAUGUCUAUGAGACGUCUGAGAAUGGCCUCAUGUCACCGUCUACUAUUGUUGUAGAGGACCCAGAGUAUGGACCGAAAUGGCAAAGGCUCAGCCAUGCACUCAUCGAAGUCACUCCUCCUCGGAGGCAGCGUAGCUCUGCCUACUACGUGUCUAACACCAAAAGAUUCGUCCAAGUGACUACCGGAGUCGUCAGCUGCUGGCUAGCCUCUAGUAUUGUGUUUGGCUUUGCAGCACUCAGGCCCGUUCUCAUAUCCGAAGGCGUCUAUAGAAACCUCUGUCCCGGAGAAGAGCACUCCGGCGAGAUUCCCUGCAAGGAGCAGGACAUGCGACUGAACCUCUUCUUCAUUGUCGGCUCCAUAACCGCCAACGUUUCUUCUCUGUUUGCGGGGGCUAGCCUGGACCGCUUUGGACGACGUGUCUGCUGGAUCAUAUCAAGCAUCUGCCUUGCCGCUGGCACUCUUAUCAUGACGGCUUCUUUCGCCUACCCCUCGUUCGAUGGUUACAUUGUUGGUAACAUCAUACUUUCCCUAGGCGGAACGUACCUAUUCGUGCCCACCUUCGAGCUGGCCAAUGCCUUUCCCCUAUCAUUCGGGCUGAUUGUGGCUCUGGUGACGGGUGCAUUCGACGCUUCAUCCGCCGUGUUUCUCUUCUACCGAAUUGCCUACGACGCUUCCAAGGGCGCUUUCACCCCCGCUACAUUCUUUGGCUGGUACCUUUCCGUGCCCCUGGUCAUCUUGGCUACCGAGCUGAUCUACAUGCCGGCUCACGGCUAUCACACCAUGUCGGAGCUCGAGGUCAAGAUUGAAAGAGCGCAGAACCCAGAUGCUGAUGCACACGCUUCGGAUGACAAUAUUACCGACCGCGACGAACUGAUCCGCGUGCGCAAUGCUCGCGCUGAUCACCGCCAUGACAAACUGAGCCGCAUGGAGAGCCUUGCUGGAAAUACGUUUCGGCGUCGUAGACGUUUCUAUGACAAGGACGCCUCUCACGAAGCCAGCGGCGUCUGGGGUGUCCUGCACGGCCACCCAUUUCGUCGCCAGAUUCGCUCUCCGUGGUUCACUCUCAUCCUGGCCAUGACGGUUAUUCAAAUGUUUCGCAUGAACUAUUUCAUUUCCACGAUCCAUCGGCAGUAUACCUACAUGCUUGGCUCAGAGGAGAAGGCCGAGUGGAUAAACCACUUCUUCGACGUUGCUCUCCCCGUUGGUGGCGUGGCUACUACCCCUGUCAUCGGUGUCCUGCUCAACAGUCUUAGAGUUUCUACCAUCACUGGCUUGCUGACGGGCUUCAUUGUCUUCAAUGCCGUGUUAAACUGCCUGCCGUUCCUGUGGGCUGGAUAUGCCACUGUCCUGACCUUUGUCCUUUUUCGGCCAUUCUAUUACUCUGCUAUUUCCGACUACUCCACCAAGGUAUUUGGCUUUGUAACCUUUGGCCGUAUCUACGGAACCCUCGUUUGCAUAUCCGGCCUGUUCAAUUUCGCCCAGUCAGGCGUAGACAUUCUCGUCUACGGUCACCUCCUCAACGGCAAUCCGACGCCGGUCAACAUCGUCCUCGGAAUCGUGGGAACCAUCAUCGGCCUGGGGCUGACCGCUUUUGUCAUCAUCAGCGGUCGUGCGUUCGCCACCGUCAAGGCCGAUCGGGAGGCCUAUGCGGAGGCCAUGGAGACGCGACGUCUGUUGUAUUUCGACAACAUUUCCUACGGGGCUGUUGGGAGAUAG